UUAAAACACUGCAAGCGAUGGCAAUAAAAGUAUUGAAGUGUUAUGUUUACUGCAAUGUUGACAUUACAACGCGAUAACUCUAGCGGGAAAUGUCCAUAAAAGUUCAGUUUAGAAAUAAAUAAACUUAUCUAGAGAUUGGUAAAAUUAUUAACAAAGUAAUAACAACAAUUAGUUCUUAUAUAAUCAGCAUCCUCAGACCAUUGACAUUGACCAUUAGCAGUCAAAGAACCAAAAACAUGAGGUCUGAAGACCAAUCGAACUGAAGAAGAAAAAGUUAUGAACCUGGACCCUGGACAGCCCUCCGACACGAAACGCCUAAAAAAGAAAUGGGGAUAAAGAGACGGGAAUAUUGUUAGAUGACAAAAAGAGUGAAGGACUUAAAAAAUAAGUUAUCAUGAAAUCCACUACUGAUAAAUACCGCAGAAAAUAUUUUUGAUCAGGUGUACGUUUAGAGAUCAGGAUCCCAAAGCAGGCAAAAGCAAGAUUAGCCGAAUUAAGGUAUUACAUCGUUCGUGCCCGACACGGCCCGAUUUCCCGGGAGGCUGUAAAUCACGCAUCUCAUGGUUACGUCAAGGGUGAAUUGUUGGUGCCACGCUUAGGAUACUGUACCAUUCUGAUGCAAAAUUUUGCCUCUAUAGUGAGAAUCGACACUUUUCAGACUCAAAAUACUACUUUCAUAUAUAUUUUAACGAAUGGACAUCUAUUGCCAAAAAUUAAAACACCACCACACCACAGAACAAACAAAAAUAAAUAGGUAGAAAUCAUAUUAUACCAGUGAAAGUGAGUAAGCAGAGUUGUCACAAAUGAUGUGAUGUGGAUUAAUUUAAAUAGACCCAUUCAACAUAUGUUGCAGUCACAUGAAUAACUACAACGCUGUUUUCAAUGGACCUACACAAUACAAUACAAUACAAUACUCUUAAUUGCAUCAAAAGCAAAAUUUACAAAUAAAAGAAAUAGCACCUACUGCGAAUAAGUCACGUUUAUUACAUCCAAAAUGUGAUGAGAGUAUUUAUGAUUCAAAAUUUUCUUGAAUACGUAUGGAUAAAUGAUUCCGCGAUAGAAUUUGACACUGAAUAGCUGCCACAAACUGCAGUGAAGCGAGAUUGUGCAGCAGAAGAUGGCGUGCAUAGAACGGGAGAGGUAUUAAUCCAAGAUGGGCCUCGCGCAGGCUUUGCUGGUGCUGUUAGUGUCCGCGGCUCAUGCCUGGAUGCCGGAUGCCAGCGCCCGCAUCGAACUCAAAUAUGGCGAUGACGCUUCAGAACAGUUCGUGGGCAACACGACGGCACCGGAUCACUUCCGUAUCUUGGACAAAGAUGAUUUCUCAAUAAUUGUGGGUGGAAGGAACACUGUCUACAACCUAAGUCUGUACGACCUGUCAGAGAAUAUGGAGCAGCGUUUGGAAUGGCAAUCAACUGAUGCUCAUAGAGAAUUAUGUCAGUUAAAAGGAAAAUCAGCAGACGAGUGUCAGAAUUAUCCCCGUGUAGCUGCGCGAACCCAUGAACGCCUUUUGGUGUGCGGCACAAAUGCUUUCAAGCCACUAUGCCGUUGGUACCCUCGGCAUGCACAGAGCCACCACCAAGAAGAAUUCGACGGCUCUGGUCGUUGCCCUUACGAUCCUCAACACAAUUCUACCGCCAUAUUUGCUGAUGGUAAAUUGUACACAGCAACAGCAGCAGAUUUUUCAGGAACUGAUCCGUUAAUCUACAGAGAACCGGUGCGAACAGAGAGAUCAGACCUUCGAUUACUUAACGACCCCUCUUUCGUAGGAGCAAUUUCCUCAACCAGUCACGUAUAUUUCUUCUACAGAGAAACUGCGGUUGAAUAUAUGAACUGCGGGAAGGCCGUGUAUUCAAGAGUAGCAAGAGUAUGUCUCAAUGACAUUGGAGGUCCUCAUACAUUCAGCGAUCGAUGGACUUCAUUCUUAAAAACUCGUCUCAACUGCUCUAUGCCUGGCGAUUAUCCAUUUUACUUUGAUGAAAUUCAAGCAACAACGGAACUCAUCAAUGGUAUAUACGGAAAUGGUGGCAGUAGAAACGAUAUAGUAUAUGCAGUAUUUACGACCCCUCAAAAUGCAAUUGGAGGUUCAGCAGUUUGUGCAUUUGCUAUGAGAGAUAUCUUGGAUGCGUUCGAGGGACCAUUUAAAGGGCAGGAGAAUAUGAACUCCAACUGGCUGCCUUUAGAAAAAGACAAAGUACCCGAACCAAGACCAGGAUCUUGCGAAGAAGACAGUCGGACGCUUUCUGAUUCAGCGGUGAAUUUCAUAAAAACUCAUUCCUUAAUGGACAAAGCAGUUCCAUCUUUUUUGGCAAGACCAAUCCUCAUUAGAGUCAGUUUGCAAUAUAGAUUCUCUGCAAUUGCGGUUCAUCCUCAAGUGCAAGCAAUGAACGGAAACAAAUACGACGUUAUGUACGUCGGUACCGAUGACGGUAGAGUCAUAAAGGCUGUGAACGUAGCUGCUAAUGAAGGAGAUUUUUAUGCCAGUGCAGAUGAAGAUAGUAAAAGUCCUGUAAGAACGGCUGUGAUAUCAGAGGUCCAAGUUCUACCUCAAGGGGUGCCAAUUAAACAAAUGCAUGUGGCGCUAACAACGGAGAAGCUGAUUGUAGCGUCUGGCGAUAUUAUAAGAGCAGUGACUUUAUCGUACUGCAGCAAUGUUCUCUCAUGCAGAGAAUGCGUCGCAUUGCAAGAUCCUCACUGUGCUUGGGAUUCUAAACAACAACAGUGUUCUUGGGUAGGAAACAGGCAAUUUCCAAAUCCUGAGAGAUUUCUACAAAAUGUAGAAUAUGGAAAGACUGAUAUAUGUAAUAAGUUGCCAGCCCUUUCGACAGGUCACAGUAAUAAAAAUCCUGGAACGAAAAAACCGAAACUUUCUCAUUCAGACGAUAUACAGAAUGAAAUAUUAAUAGAAGUUGUUGAAACGAAUGUUUUAUCAGAUGAUAAACCCACCAAUAAUAACAAACAUGGAACAGAUUCAUUAACGGUGGAAGCCGCCGACGGGAACAUUUACACUUCGCAAGCAUUGCUAACGGCGGUGGUAGCGUCAUGCUUGGUCACGCUGAUGGUGGGAUUCGUCAUUGGAUAUCUGUUCUCUCGCAGAUUUCGACAUCCUUUUUUUGCCGAUACGUCGCCCUUCAAUGAACAACAUAAUCAUCUAAAUAGGUUAAGUCCCUUGGAAACUCCACUCAAUGCUAAUUCGGGAUACAUGCCUCCGCGAUCUAAAAACGUGAACAUGGUCGCCAACGUUUGUCCACUAGCAAAGCAGGACAAUCUCCACCUGGAUCUCGGCAAGGACAGGCCGCUAGACUUAAGAAACUCUACGGAGUCACUAGACAAAGAUCUAAAGUGCGGCACUCUACAAAAAGUGAAAAAAACUUAUAUUUGAAAAAUACCCAACAAAACUAUGUAUGGUUCUAUUACCAAGUAACGCGGAUGGUGACGAUGUGAAUUUACGUCGCGUGUGCCAAGUCUUCCGAUUGAGUCGGUUAGAGUGUGUUCAGUGCUAGCAUGUGGUCGACGAUUGUAAAUAUUGUUGUUAUGUAUAAUGUACAGUUUUCAUGGUUGAAACUACUGACUUAGUUACUUCGUUAAAAAACAAUCUCGUAUUUACGACCAAUAUGUAAAAUUGUUUUUAGUUAGAAUAUUUGAUACUUACCUACUUGGUAUAUGCAGAUUGCCGAUUUUAAGUAUUCAAUUAAUAUUUCUACAUUCCAUAAACGUUUGUAAAUAUCUAAGGCUAUUUAGUUAAAUUGUAUAUAUGUAACGCGAUUAUUUUAUUUAUAGCAAAGGGCUCAAAUUCUAUUCAGCGUAAUUAAAAACAAAAAAUAUGUAUCAGUUCCAUCGCUAUUACAAAUACUGCGGUUCUCUUGCACGUGACUUUCAGAUGUGCACUACCUUUUUCACCUACCUAUGUAGAUUAUAAUUUUUAGCUUGCGAAAUAACGUAGGUCUACAUUCAAAUUGUAAACUUGAACCCUUGUGGUAGCUAGUAAUGUGGGGUCCGGUUUAACUACCCCCAAUUGUACAUGUUAUGCUGCGUGCAUGGUAUGCAUGUAAGAUAAUGUAAAAUAUUUUACAGUAAACAAUAUAAAUUUUAAUAGAUAUGAAAUUGUCGAUAAAAUGAUAGCAUUAACUGCUGUGCUAAGUGCAUAGUGCCUUGUAGGUUGCCAAUUUAGUGCCUAAUGUAAUUUAGAAUACAAUUUGGAGAAUAUGAAUAAUGUUAAACCUCUUGUUAUAUUUCAGUCUACAUAAAAUGAACUGAACCAAGCUUACUAAAUUUGUAAAUAAAGGAUUUAUAUAUGUAUAUGCAAAAGUUUAAAGAAUUAGCAAAUAAUUCAUAUUAAAUCUCAUAGUAAAAAUAAGUCUUGGUUCUAAUUUGCUAUGCUUUAUUAUGAAACAUCCUCAGUAUUUAUGUUUGUAAAAAAUUGAUAACUAUGCCCUUGAAAUUGAAAAAACAGGCUGAUUAUAACCACCAUAUCUAAAUUUAAGAUGUAUUCCCACCGUAAAUUUAUCAAAGUCUGUAAGUUAAGCAGAUAAACUUCCUGUAAAUACUACCUACAUGUAAGUGGUAAUUUAUAAAAAAUGAAAUGGUAUUGUCUUGUAUUACAAUCAUAAUCAUGGAUACAUAGUAGAAAUAUAUUUUAUUUUAUAUAAUUCUUAGGUAACACUAUAUUUUUUUUACAAUUGUAUUUUCUGUGUUGAUAAAAAUAACUGUGUACUAUUGCUAGAUUUCAUACUUCAGAUGAUUUAUUUGUAUGUUUGUUUCCUAUAUUAAAAUAAAACAGUUAAAUGCCUAGCAAUUCUAUCAAUAUCACAUGAUAGUGGAGAAAUAUAAGUAUUAUUAAAUAAA